GGUUUCCCAGAGCGAGACGCAGGGUUACCGCGCCCAGCUCUGCCGUUUGAUGGCCGGAGGAAGCGCCUGAAAGACCGCGGUGAGGAGAAAGAAAGAAAGGAAGGAAGGAAGAAAGAAAAGUGCAGCGCAGGAGAGAGACAGAACGACCGACAGCGGGGCAGAAAGGGAGGCUACGUUUGGAUAGGGGCCGGAGUUAAACAAGUUUGAGUCAACGGCACAAAAAGACGCCUAGCUUCCAACUGAUUUUUUUUUUGUGUGCGCGCAUGUUGUGUGUGUGUAUGCAUGAGUGAGUGUAUGAGUGUAUGUAUGUAUGUAUGAAUGAAAUGUGUGAAUGAAUGAGUGUGUGAGAGAGGGAGAGAGAGAAAGAAACGUGCCGGUGUGUCCCCACCGUUUGGCGUAUCGAAAGCUGGGUGCGGGGAGUGGCGCUCCUCGGUGAAGCUCGCUAGCUCGACGGAGAGAAACGGGGAACUCUUUAUCUCUGCUGUUUCCAGUCAAUGCGAUAUAAACAACGGAUUCCCACGACUGAAAACGGAUCAGUGAGUGACCCAGCGCGAGGCAGGAGUGAAGCGUACCAUUUAGAAGAGGAAAAUGAGCGAACUCGACCAGCUACGUCAGGAGGCUGAGCAGCUGAAGAACCAGAUCAGAGAUGCAAGGAAAGCAUGUGCGGAUGCCACCCUGUCUCAGAUUACAGCCAACAUCGACCCAGUUGGGCGAAUUCAGAUGCGUACCAGGCGGACACUGAGAGGUCACCUGGCAAAAAUCUAUGCCAUGCACUGGGGCACUGACUCACGACUCCUCGUCAGUGCCUCCCAGGAUGGUAAACUUAUCAUUUGGGACAGCUAUACCACAAACAAGGUGCAUGCCAUCCCACUGCGCUCCUCAUGGGUGAUGACGUGUGCGUACGCUCCGUCUGGCAACUACGUGGCUUGCGGUGGCCUGGACAACAUCUGUUCCAUUUACAAUCUGAAGACGCGUGAGGGCAAUGUCCGUGUGAGCCGUGAGCUGGCUGGCCAUACAGGUUACCUCUCCUGUUGUCGUUUCCUGGACGACAACCAGAUUGUCACUAGCUCAGGCGACACCACCUGUGCUCUUUGGGACAUUGAAACGGGGCAGCAGACGACCACGUUUGCAGGUCACACCGGGGAUGUGAUGUCUCUGUCUCUGGCUCCAGAUGCGCGCCUGUUUGUCUCUGGCGCUUGCGAUGCCUCUGCUAAGCUUUGGGAUAUCAGAGAGGGCAUGUGCAGACAGACCUUCACUGGCCAUGAGUCUGACAUCAACGCCAUCUGUUUCUUCCCCAAUGGGAAUGCGUUUGCCACAGGCUCAGACGACGCCACCUGCAGGCUGUUUGACCUGCGUGCCGACCAGGAGCUGAUGGUGUACUCGCACGACAACAUCAUCUGCGGCAUUACCUCGGUGGCCUUCUCCAAAAGCGGCCGUUUGCUGCUCGCCGGCUAUGACGACUUCAACUGCAACGUGUGGGACACCCUCAAAGCAGACCGUGCAGGUGUCCUGGCGGGUCAUGAUAACCGUGUUAGCUGCUUGGGUGUUACUGAUGAUGGAAUGGCAGUGGCCACAGGCUCUUGGGACAGUUUCCUUAAGAUCUGGAAUUAAAGCCGCAAGGUGGCGUCCGGACUCCAAAGUUGACUGGAAGACCAUUCCAACAUAAUGUUAAAUUUUAUUGCAUAUCCAAUCUUCUUACACGCAACACAACUGACCCCCGUUAUCUGAGGAAACAGGGCAAAAAAGAUCCUCCUUCCCAUAAAAAGAGCACAAUUAUUUCAUUGUUGCAUCACGUGGAAAUCAGUGGGGUCGACGACAUCAUUAUAUGGUGGGGGAGGGGGCUAAAAGUAACUGUGCAUUCCUACCGGGACCAUUUUUUUUUUUCCAAGUGCUUAUCACACUGUAGUUGUCAUUUACGCUAACGUUAGAAAAAAAGGUGGCAGUCGUUUUCCCCCAAAUGAGAGGUUUGUUUUUUUUUUUUUUGGUGGUGUUUUACAUCCCGUUUACAUAUGGUUGGGCUUUCACAUGAGGAUCAAAAGCGCUCACUUAGUCUUUAAAUAUUUUAGAAUCAAGUUUGUAGAUGGAGGAUAAUGUUGACAAUAAUCACGGGUGUUCUAAUACAGCUUUGUCAGAAACGAAGAGCAGUUCGAGCCUGACCUGUAUAUUUAGUCCCACAAUCUGUUUUGUCUAGUCAUGAGUCUUUGCACAGGAAUAAAGCAUUGCAUAUAUAGAAUGUUGACUAACCAAGCACAUACUGUUAAUGAUGUAUGCUCGUUUAAAAAGAGAAAGAAAAUGGUCCAUUUUAAACAUAUUUCUCUUUUGUUUUUUUUUGCCUGAUGUUCAAGUCAUGAAAUGAAGAUUAACUUGUCAUUUAUUAUUUUUUUUCUUUCUUCUUCCCUCUCUCUGUCUUCAUGUCCUUUUUGUUUUGGUUGCGCUUUGGUGUGGAGGGUGAGGGAGGGUUUAGGGUGGGAUUUAAAGGUUUCGGGCGUAACUCAAUUUCCAUAUUUACCCAGUUUCAACACAGGUGCCCGUUCCGUGCUUGGAAAAACCAGUUACUUCUCUGUGAAUGACAUGUUGUAAAAAUCAAUGUUUGAAAAUAAUGAUAUUGAAGAAAAAAAAAAACUUUCUAAGUUAAAAAUGGAAAAAAAAAAAUCUUAUUUCGGUUGUCUGCCAUGAGUGGGUUAACUCUUAGAAUCGCAUGCUGUAGAAUUGCUUAAAAAGAGGUGCAUAUGGAAAGUCCUUUGAUGUUUUUCUUUAAGAAAAUAACCUGUUAAAUAGAUCACAAUAUUUAUAUUCUUUUUUUUUUUUUCUUUUGCUACUCUGUGCAUACAUAAUUCAAUUAAACUCGCAAAGCUAUGCACUCGAGAGAAGCAAACACAUUGACCUGUUCUAUCCAUAUCUUGGAGUUUCUAAAACACUCGUGUACACACAAACUAGAACAAAAAUUUUCAUUCUUUCUGUAGCAAGACGAAAAUUCCAGAUAUAAAGAAAAGGAUGCUAGAGACAUUUUGUAACAAACAGGUUUUAAUGUCCUUUAAUAAAAAAAAAGAGAGAAAAAACUUGCAGCAUUUGAAUGGCAGAAUUUUUCUGUUCCUUUCUGCGUGUAACGAGAGGCGCUCUUUCCUUAGCGGUAGUGGCAUUUCUUCCAUUCUGUUCUCCCUCUGCGACAUUUCUGUACAAAAGUGCUGUCGUUGUGCAUUAGGCCUGGAGUUGGCAACAAAAAUACAUAAAAAGAAAACCUACAAAAAAAGAUUAAAUCAAUUCCUCUUUUUCUCCCUCUCUUUCUGUCUCUUCAUACAAAUAACUGUAGAGCUCUGCACACACCCCUGUAUCCUUAUCCAUCUUUUGUAUUUAAUUUUAAAUUCAGUGUACAACAGAAAGCUGGAUGCAAGAUAGAAACUAUAUUAAAAUGUACUGUUAUUUAAGAUGUAAUAAAGCAGUUUGAGAUGAA